UUGUAGAUUUUAUUUACAUAUUUUGUAGAUAUUGUAUUUGAAAUUUUAUUAAGAAUAUAUAAUGGCAGUGAUAUGGCUAUUAAUACGUUCUAUACUAUAUAGUAAUACAAAUUGUAAAUUUUGUAGACUUUAAAUAUAAAAAGCUUAAAAUAUAUUAAUAAAUCUGAUCUUUGUCGUAGCUAAUUUUUAAAAUAAUGCUUCUUAACAAAAUAACAGACAUUUAAAUACAAAAUAAUUUUUUUUUUUUAUAAAAGACUACUUUUGGCGAUUAUAAUAAAAUUUAAAAAAAAUCUAUGAUACCGUUAUUUAUAUGGAUUCAGUUUCGUAAAUUCUAUAUAAGAUUUUAAUAGAAUUUUGUCGUAAAAGCAUAUAUUUAACAUAUAUAAUACAGUUAUAUAUAUAUGUGCAUAAUGUUAUAUAUAAGCAUAUAUAGUUUUUUUUUUCUUUGUUAGGUUUCUUUACAAGAAAAAUGGUCUGUAUGAAAAAUCAUUGUUCUUAGGUCUUGAGGAGGACACAUAUCACGUCGAGAUUGCGCACACUUGUCCUUGUUGCUUAUCAAUAUUAACAGAGAACAAAGACUUGAAACUCUGCCAAUAUGAAAGUUUAAUCAACGAAGGUGCAAACAUAUUACUAAUGCGAUAUCUCGCUAUAACAAAUUUCGAAGGCAUUUUAAGUUUUCAGAAUAUUACGAUAAGCGGAAGCAUAACUACCUGCGAUUAUAUCUGUAUCGCGUUACAAAAUAUGGAACUGCAUGGUAAUCAUAAAAAAAUAUACACUAUUGAACGAAGAAUCUAUAAAAAAGAUAGUCUUAUACAACGAAGCAAAAUUUAUUUGACAUCACGAGGAAGAAUACUUGUGUACGAUUGGUUAGAUACACCUUAUAUAGCACAAAAAAAUCCAUUAAUGCAGGAUGAUACAAAUAAAAAUAUAAACGUACAAAUUUUAUUCAACUCAAAAGAGUGGUGGAUGCAAAAUAUCGAGACGCUCUCUAAAUAUUUGGAUAUGAAAUCUUAUAAUGUAGCUCAAUAUACAGAGUAUCUGAUGGAUCAUCCUGAGAUAAAACAGCUAAUUGCGGAUUACAUUCAGAUUCUUCUCAUUGUAAAACCUGUCGACGUCAUAGAUUUCACGAUUCAACAUUUCAAAGCAUUUGCCAGAGACAUAAGAGUUUAAGAUAUUGUUGAUGAGUUGACAAAAUAAUUUGAUACAAAUCCGCAUCUAUCGAGAGACCAAUCUGAAAUUGUCUGUAACCAUUGUGGAAUCUGUAAUGAAUCUGUAAAGUGCAAAAUUCACAAUUGGAAAAAUUAUUAUCUAAAUAAAGAAAAUCCCUAAGAAACAUUAAAGAAGUCUUUUCCCCAAUUGAUCAAUCAAAUACCUUCAGCACUUACAUCAUCAAGAUGAACACAUAGCCUGAGUAAAAGAUAAAUAAUAACAAUAAUAAUAAAAAGAAUAUUUUCUUCAAAGUUUAUAAAAUUUGGUUGCAUAAAUCGAGAAAAAAAAGAUUUUUAUUUUAGAUGUUCAUUCACACAAAACUAUUAUUUCUCAAUUAAAACCUAUUUCUUUUGUAAGUAACUUCAACUUAUUUAUUAUAUAAAAAUUUGUUUAUACAUUAGCGUGUGCAAAACAUAAUCUUAGUCACUCAAUGAAAUAUGACACUUUAAUCCACUUUGAACUUUGGAUAUUGCACAUGUCACAUAAUGAGAUGCAAUUACUUUUAUCAUUUUCUGCCAAGCAUCAUCUCCUGCGAGUUACAUAUCACACAAUUUUC